CAAAAGCUUCUCUCACCAGUUCAUAUCCACCCGUGGCACGAGCAGGACCUGUCUGUAAACUCACCGCUGUUCCUGAGCCAACACUCUUGGGGUUCCGAGCCCGUGCAAACAAUCAUUCGUGUGUUAUCAUUAGAGAUAUAACUUGUAGUUUGUUACCAGACAAGAAAUGACCGCUAUGGAUACGUACAACAUUGAGAAUACUCUAAUCUUUGGAGACGAGUUAGUGAUGAACGAGGACCGGUUCUUCUUCUCGGACUUGGAUGAAAUACUGACAAGUCCGACGAGUUAUGAUGAGCAGCUGCAAGGAACACUUAAGUACAUCGACGCUUUUGAGAGCACAGAUGUCACCACCUGGAGCAGAGAGGAUUGCUUCAGAUGGGCCCAGCAAGUGUGUCAAGAACAGGGUGUCGAUCCCUGUUCCGUGAACCUGGAGUUCUUCUCCAGCGUGACGGGUUGUGACCUGGCUCAGUACUCACGCUUCGACUUCCACUCCCAGUUCGACAGCAUAUGGGGCAGCUUGUUCUACGACCAGUUUCACCACCUCCUCGAACAUAUAGGAUUCGCCACGAGCACUCCUACCUCAGACUACGAGAGCUCCUCGUCCACCUUCAGCGACUGCAGUAGCAGCGACGCCUCAUCUUUCUCCUCGUCUUCCAACUCCCCCUUCUAUGAGAACGACGAAGAACUGGCGGAUCUGUGCGAGUUGCCUCCUCUGACUAUUCCCGAAGACUUCGCCGAACUGGACCAAUUCUUGCACCAGCAGGUACCGCAGGAGCAGGAACUGGAAGUGAAGCCGCAAGUGCAGGCCGGCUGGGGUCGUGCCUGGGAAGACUACCAAGGUGACCUGUUCGCUCCUCCAGAAGUGACUUUUGUAAAAGCUGAGCCGGAAGUAAUGAAAUUCGAGGAGAGUUACCGUGAAAUGUCACCAUCACCAUCCCCAUCACCCGAGUCUGUGGUACCUUCUUGCAGAGCUCUCGAUAAGAUCCGAACCAAGUCCAGGAAGCGAGAGCGCGGACCAAAGAACUGGGAGUUCGUGAUCCGUCUCCUGGCUGACAAGCAAUACAACCCCGACGUCGUCCGCUGGGAGGACAAGACCUGCUACACAUUCCGCUUCGUGCGGCCCGCUGUCAUCGCCCAGAUGUGGGGGCAGAGGUCCAACAAGCCCAACCUCUCCUACGACAACUUUGCCCGUGGACUCAGAUACCACUACACUACGGGCGCCCUAAGCCCCGUGUCCGAGCGGCAGCUGGUCUACAAGUGUGGGCCCAAGGCUCGCAAGUUCCUAGAGGACCUCCAGCAGGGAACGUGGUAAACAACGACUCAAUACCACAGGAACUUUAAACCAAAUCCAUGAUUAUCCUAUUGAAGGGAUUCUCAAAAAAGGACUAUGUCCUGAUGAUUCUGCAUCCUCCUUCAAACUGAUAUCCUCUUGCUGGGAUUCCUAUGAAGAUGAGCCCAGAGAGCAGAGUUUCAGUCAUACCUCUAGGUGCUAGGAGGUCCUGCAGACACUUCAUGCUGGCUUCAGCGUCAAGAAGGACCCCCCUCACCCCCUCUGUACAAGUCCUAUGAAUGCGGGAGGAUCUCUUUUUAAGACGAAGCCAAAAGCUCCUAUUCUGGGAUGCGUGCUUAAGUGCCUUCGAUACCCAGAUGGCCUUCGAUGUAUCUGAAGAAAUCCUCAAAUAAGAGACAGUCUCGCCAUCAAUAUCUUUUAAGAAACUUGACUCACUUCAUCGUCGACGUCCUGGAAAGAUAAAAUUCGUCGUCGAUACACCAGAAAGAUGUAGUUCGACGGCAAUAAACCGGACAGAUAAAGUCCGUCGUCGAUACAACAGAAAGAUCAAGUCCGUCGUCGAUACAACAGAAAGAUCAAGUCCGUCGUCGAUACAACAGAAAGAUCAAGUCCGUCGUCGAUACAACAGAAAGAUCAAGUUCGUCGCCGAUAUUAUCGAAAGAUUACAUUCGUCGGCAACAGACCAGCAAGAUCAAAUUCAUGGUUUGAUAUUUCCUGAAGGGCAAACUAAAGAAGAGUCUCGCCCCGCGACGACAGUCACGAUCAAGGCUCGGUGCCUCGACUCACUCCGUAAUAAGAGAAUGAAACCACAGAACAAAAGCAAAUAAUCCAAACAUUUAUUGCCAUAAAAAAAAUUGAAGAGCAUCGAAACUAAUUUAAAACACUUCUCAAAUCGGAUCCCAAAUUCGCAAAUUUGAUCCAGAAAAAUAAUAAAUAUUUGGCUCAAAAAAUAUUUUGAAUACAGUAGAUAUAUAAGUUUACUGGACGAUAUAGUAAGAUAUGAUUCAUAUCAGUCUUAGAAUUUGAUCCAAAAACAUAACUUGUCCAUCUGGCCAGUAAUACCAGAUCCCAAAUCUUUUGGGAUCACUUGCUCAAAAAAAUCGCUCACUUGUCAUUUCUUUAGUUUAUAUAUAUAUAUAUAUAUAUAUAUAUAUAUAUAUAUAGACAUUUUACCCCAAACAAACACUUAACAUACAGUACCUGAUUACGAUUAAUGUAUAUUUGUUAUAAAUUAUAUUUUACCCAUUGGUGCUAUAUAUAUAUAUAUAUUUGUUUUUUUCUUUCAGUAUACAUAUUAUAGUAUACAUAUUAUAGUCUUGUUGAAGACAGCUAUACUACCAUUUCCUCUAUAGGCACUCUGCCUCACUCUACUCCUAUAUGUCCCAAGUGCCAGUGUCCCAAAUAUUCUAAAAUGUCCCAAAAUAUCCCAAGGGAUCAGGGGUGGAGUAUAGGCGUGCACAAAUGAAUGAAAUUAGUACCAAUUCAAUAGCCUCAUUUGAUAGGGAAUCUUGAACUGUGAUACACCCUUGAGCACACAGGUGGCGCCACCUAUGUUAUUAUGUGUUAUGUGAACGUUGGUGCAGCUAACGGAGAUGAAUGUUGUGCUUGAAAAUAUUUUUAAGUAAAUGUUUUAUAUGAAUAUUGAAUAAAGUUUGUAUAUUUUA